AGCCAUUUUGGCCCCAAAAACGCCUCCUCGAGGCGCCCCGUGAUCGCGGCACCCAGACCUCCAGUCUCCGCUUGCCGCUCGAGGCCUCCGGGAGGCUCCCCAUAGCUUGUGGACCCUCCUGGGGCGGUUUGCCCCCGCCCGCUGCGGCGCCAGCGCCCGCAUGGAGGGCACCAGCCCGCAGCGGGCGCGUGAGCAGCUGGAGCUCCUGGCGCGGGGCCUGGAGCGCCGGCCGUCCCACAACAACCGCCCGGGCAGCGCAGCAAGGGGCGCCUGGACGACGAGCAACUCCGCGGCGCCGGUCCGCGAGGCCAUCCCCGAGCUGGACUCGAUGCCCGGGAGCUCGGAGGCGAGGCUGCGCUCCAAGCUGGCGGUGCUGGCGGGGCCCGACGUGCCGCGUCGGCGCGCGACCCUGGAAGGCGGGGCGCGGCCCGCCAGCGCGGCCUCGCUGCACCGACGGGUGUCAGCGCCGCCGCUGGCCGCCGCGCCCGCGCUGCCGCCGGCGGCCGUGGCUGCGCCCGCGCCGCAGCUGGUCAUGAGGGCUGCGCCGCCGCUGCUGGCAGAGGGCGCCGGCGGAGAUGCCGAGACCCGGCUCUCGCCGCUGCCGGAGAGGGCCGCGUUGCGGGUCUCGGACGAUCUCAGGCAGCAGGGCAGGGCGCCCGUGCCGGAGGCCGCGAGGGCCUCUCGCGAGGCCAGCGGCCUCAGCCUGGACGGCCUCGGCGACGAGAUCAGGGCCGUGCACGCGGAGCUCAGGGCCGUGAGGGUCAGCGUCGCCGAGCUCGCGCGGGCCCAGGCGGCAGCUGCCGCGGGCGGGCCCAGCACCCUGGCCAGAGUAGAGGAGGCGAACAGGAGGUUGGCGGAGGACUUCUCGGCCAUGAGCAGGCAGAUCACUCAAGAGCUGUCCCCCGUGCUCGAGGCAGGGCCCCAGCAGGCGGCGGACCUCUCGCUUGUGUUGCAGGGGGUGCGCGCGCAGGCGGGCGUGUUGCAGGAGGUGCGCGUUAGGGUGUGCGAGGAGCCGCCCGGCGCCCUGGCAGGGAGCGCGUCUAGCGACGUGGCGCCUGUGCUGGAGGCGUUGCGGGCUCAGGCUGGUCUGCUGCAGGAGGUGCUUCAGAGCGUGGCAGACCUCUCCGGAUUCACGAAGCAGCUGCGGGAGGGCCAAGCCAGCUUGGACUUGUCGCCCGUGCUUGAGGCAGUGCGGGCCCAAGCAGGUGUGCUAAAGGAGGUACGCCAGAGUCUGAGCGAGAACCCUGCGGGCGCCUCGGACUCACGAGACAUUCGCGAGGCCUUGGCAGGUUUAUCGGACAUUGUGCAGCAGCUCAGAGAAGACAAGGCGGCCGCGGACCUGUCCCAAGUGCUACAGGAGGUGCGCUCAGUGAAGCAGCUGCAAGAGGGCCAACCCAGUGUAGACUUGUCGCCCGUCCUUGAUGCAGUGCGGGCCCAGGCAGGUGUACUACAAGAGGCCUACCAGAGGCUGAGCGAGAAGCCAGCGGACGCAUCGAACGCGCCAGGGAUUCGCGAAGCCGUGGAAGGUGUAUCGGAGAUUGUGAAGCAACUCCGAGACGGCCAGGCGGCCGUGGAUCUGUCCCCUGUCCUUGAGGAGGUGCGCUCGUUGAAGCAGCUGCGAGAGGGCCAAGCCAGCUUGGACCUGUCGCCCGUGCUUGAGGCAGUGCGGGCCCAAGCAGGUGUGCUACAGGAGGUACAGCAGAGUCUGAGCGAGAAGCCGGCGGGCGCCCUGGACGCGCCAGACAUUCGCGAGGCCGUGGCAGGUUUGUCGGAGAUUCUGAACCAGCUUCGGGAAGGCCAGUCGGCCGUGGACCUGUCCCUCGUCCUGGAAGAGGUGCGCUCGCUGAAGCAGUUGCGGGAAGGCCAACCCAGCUUGGACUUGUCGCCCGUGCUGGAAGCGAUGCAGGCCCAGACAGGUGUUAUUCAGGAGGUCCGCCAGAGGCUGAGCGAGAAACCUGCGGGCGCCUCGCACGAGCCCGACUUUCGCGAGGCCUUCGCAGGUUUAUCGGGGAUUGUGAAGCAGCUUCGAGAAGACAAGGCGGCCGUGGACCUGUCCCCAGUGCUGGAAGAGGUGCGCUCGCUGAAGCAACUCCGAGACGGCCAGGCGGCCGUGGAUCUGUCCCCUGUCCUUGAGGAGGUGCGCUCGUUGAAGCAGCUGCGAGAGGGCCAAGCCAGCUUGGACCUGUCGCCCGUGCUUGAGGCAGUGCGGGCCCAGACAGGCGUGCUACAGGAGGUACAGCAGAGUCUGAGCGAGAAGCCCGCGGGCGCCCCGGACGCGCCAGACAUUCGCGAGGCCGUGGCAGGUUUGUCGGAGAUUCUGAACCAGCUUCGGGAAGGCCAGUCGGCCGUGGACCUGUCCCUCGUCCUGGAAGAGGUGCGCUCGCUGAAGCAGUUGCGGGAAGGCCAACCCAGCUUGGACUUGUCGCCCGUGCUGGAAGCGAUGCAGGCCCAGACAGGUGUUAUUCAGGAGGUCCGCCAGAGGCUGAGCGAGAAACCUGCCCAGGCAGGUGUUCUUCAGGAGGUCCGCCAGAGGCUGAGCGAGAAACCUGCGGGCGCCUCGGUCGAGCCCGAGUUUCGCGAGGCUGUGAAGAUUGUGAAGCAGGGCGUAUCGGAGCUCGUAAACCAGCUUCGAGAAGGCAAGUCGGCCGUGGACCUGUCCCCCGUCCUGGAAGAGGUGCGCUCGCUGAUGCAGCUGCGGGAGGACAAAUGGGCAGUGGACUUGUCCUCGGCGCUGGAAGAGGUGCGUUCUCUGAAGCAGUCGCGAGAGGGCCAACCCUGCUUGGACGUGUCACCCGUGAUGGAGGCGGUGCAUUUCGCGAGGCUGUGAAGCUGGUGAAGCAGGGUUUGUCUGAGAUUGUGAACCAACUGCGGGAAGGCCAGUCGGCCGUGGACCUGACACCCGUUCUGGAAGAGGUGCGCUCGCUGAAGCAGCUGCGAGAAGGCCAAUCCAGUUUGGACUUGUCGCCCGUGCUGGAAGCGGUGCAGGCCCUAGCAGGUUCUCUUCAGCAGGUCCACCAGAGGCUGAGCGAGAAACCUGCGGGCGCCUCGGUCGAGCCCGAGUUUCGCGAGGCUGUGAAGAUUGUGAAGCAGGGCGUAUCGGAGCUUGUGAACCAGCUUCGAGAAGGCAAGUCGGCCGUGGACCUGUCCCCCGUCCUGGAAGAGGUGCGCUCGCUGAUGCAGCUGCGGGAGGACACAUGGGCAGUGGACUUGUCCUCGGCGCUGGAAGAGGUGCGUUCUCUGAAGCAGUCGCGAGAGGGCCAACCCUGCUUGGACGUGACACCCGUGAUGGAGGCGGUGCAGUCUCAGGCAGGUGUGUUGCAUGAGGUCCACCGGUGGUUGAGCGAGAGACAGGCGGGCGCCUCGGUCGAGCCCGAGUUUCGCGAGGCUGUGAAGCUGGUGAAGCAGGGUUUGUCUGAGAUUGUGAACCAACUGCGGGAAGGCCAGUCGGCCGUGGACCUGACACCUGUUCUGGAAGAGGUGCGCUCGCUGAAGCAGCUGCGAGAAGGCCAAUCCAGUUUGGACUUGUCGCCCGUGCUGGAAGCGGUGCAGGCCCUAGCAGGUUCUCUUCAGCAGGUCCACCAGAGGCUGAGCGAGAAAUCUGCGGGCGCCUCGGUCGAGCCCGAGUUUCGCGAGGCUGUGAAGAUUGUGAAGCAGGGCGUAUCGGAGCUUGUGAACCAGCUUCGAGAAGGCAAGUCGGCCGUGGACCUGUCCCCCGUCCUGGAAGAGGUGCGCUCGCUGAUGCAGCUGCGGGAGGACAAAUGGGCAGUGGACUUGUCCUCGGCGCUGGAAGAGGUGCGUUCUCUGAAGCAGUCGCGAGAGGGCCAACCCUGCUUGGAAGUGUCACCCGUGAUGGAGGCGGUGCAGUCUCAGGCAGGUGUGUUGCAUGAGGUCCACCGGUGGUUGAGCGAGAGACAGGCGGGCGCCUCGGUCGAGCCCGAGUUUCGCGAGGCUGUGAAGCUGGUGAAGCAGGGUUUGUCUGAGAUUGUGAACCAACUGCGGGAAGGCCAGUCGGCCGUGGACCUGACACCCGUUCUGGAAGAGGUGCGCUCGCUGAAGCAGCUGCGAGAAGGCCAAUCCAGUUUGGACUUGUCGCCCGUGCUGGAAGCGGUGCAGGCCCAGGCAGGUGUUCUUCAGGAGGUCCGCCAGAGGCUGAGCGAGAAACCUGCGGGCGCCUCGGUCGAGCCCGAGUUUCGCGAGGCUGUGAAGAUUGUGAAGCAGGGCGUAUCGGAGCUUGUGAACCAGCUUCGAGAAGGCAAGUCGGCCGUGGACCUGUCCCCCGUCCUGGAAGAGGUGCGCUCGCUGAAGCAGCUGCGGGAAAGCCAACCCAGCUCGGACUUGUCGCCCGUGCUGGAAGCGAUGCAGGCCCAAGCAAGUGUUCUUCAGCAGGUCUACCAGAGGCUGAGCGAGAAACCUGCGGGCGCCUCACACGAGCCAACGACGCGCGAGGCUGUGGCAGAUCUAUCUGAGAUUGUAAAGCAACUUCGAGAUAGCCAGUCGUCCGUGGACAUGUCCCAGGUUCUCGAAGAGGUUCGCUUGCUGAAGCAGGUCCGAGAGAACCAACCCACCUUGGACUUGUCGCCUGUAUUGGAGACGAUGCAGGCCCAGGCAGGUGUUUUACGGGAGAUCCAUAAGAGGCUGACCGAGAAGCCUUCGGGCCUCUCGGACGAGCGAAUGAUUCCCGAGGCUGCAGCCGACCUGUCUGAGGUCCCGGAGCCGCUGGCAGACUCGAAGGAAUCUUCGCGAAGAAGCCCCAUUGCCACCACCGUCGACCUCUCUCCCAUCCUGGCAGCGAUGCGCGUCCAGGCCGACGGGCUGCAGCAGGUACAAUCCAAGGUGAGGGACCUCAUCAUCAUUAUCAUUGCCCAUGUUGCCAACAUCAUCAACACUAUCAGCAUCAUCAACAACAACAUGAUCGUCAAUCUCACCAACAUCAGCUUUAUCAUCAUCAACACCAGCAUCGGCAUCAAUGAUCCAAGGUGAAGGACCUCGACCUCUCACAGGUCCUCGAGGGCGUUGAGCACUCCAAGGCUGGCGCCGACCUCGCGGCUAAGACCCUCGGCGAGGUCAAGAAGAUGAAACAGGCGCUCGCGGUUGACCUCACGCACGUCCUCGAGGACAUCAGGAAGGUGGCAGUCACGGUGGACGCUUCCAGGUUGCCGAGGGACCUCCAUCAGGGUCGGUCUCCGUGAGUUGAGCGUUGGUAGGCGGCCGACAUCGCCACAUCCAGCUACUCCCGCCUAACGUUUCAAGUUCGCAAUUUCCUUGGCUCGCUGGGGCCCUCCCGUUCGCUUUGUCUUUUUUGUGCAUGCCGAUGGCCGAGCUGGACGUCGAAACCGCCCUGCGCUCGCCGUGCCUUGAAGGGACCGCUUGCUUCGCCUCUGCGUAUGUGUGUCCUUCGCUGGCGGCGCCUGCGGCCGCUGCCGCAGGCCCUGCGCCGAUUCCCUUUGAACGCGCACGGCUGCCUGAGGUGGACCUUCCUCGCUGCCUUUCACGCUCGGAUAGAGCGAUGGCCGGCGGAGACAGCUCCUCCUCCUCCUCCUCCUCCCGUCCGGCUCCUGAUGCGGCUCCGAACAGGAGGAGGAGGAGGUCCUCCGUCUUCUCCUGUGGCGGGGUUCUCUGAUGCCCGCGUGCUGCCUUCAGGAUAGACACGUUGGGAACGCUGUGCCUCCUCUUCCUUCGUGUCAUCAUUCUUCUUGUGUCUGUGACCUCGCGACUGCGGGCGCCGAUGCGCCGCCCGGCAUCCGCUGUCCAUGUUGCCCAUGCGAGGCGUGCCGCGUGCUAGAUGCAUGCGCACCGCCCCCACGCCAGGCAGCAUGGCACGUGCUGCCAGGCGUGUGUGACAGACGAUCACGGGCGCAUAUCCCCUGCAACAUUCGCCCAGGCUCCAAGCAUGGCCCGAGAAAUUGCCGACUGCCGGCGGCUUUGCAAGAGGAGGUACUGCCCACCCCAGCCACCAUCAGGGCGUGCGCGCGUGCAGCUUGGUGCAUGCUUCUGGAGAUGUCGCACUGCUGUGCAAUGUGACGGCUCGCUCGCUCGCUCCUCCCCAG